AUGACGGCAAAAGACCAGAUGCACGCGCCGCCCGCGGCCGCACAUCGCUCAUCGCGCUACGCCGCCGCCUCCCCGCUCUGCCGCACCACGCGUCCGCUGGGCGCGUCGCGCGGGCCGCGGGCCAGGCCCGCGAGCCUGCUGCUUCUGGCCGCGUGGCUGGCGGCCGUCGCUGCCGAGCUCGCCUGUCCCCAGGACCCACCAGCGGCUCAGAUCGCGUGCGCCUCCUGCCGCUCCUACGAGAACGCGAGAGAACACAGCUUGAGAGUGAUCCGUGAGAGCCUGCUUGCGAAACUCGGCUUUACUCAAGCCCCAAACACGACGGGGCGGGAGCUGCCACACGUGCCCGCAGACAUGAUGGAACGAUUCGAGCGCCGGAAACCACCGGCCGGUGUGCAGGCCGAUGCACCAGCACUGGCCCGUACCUUCGUCACUCACACAGAACAGGACGACUUCCUCGCCCGGACUGACAAUGUCCUCAUAUUUGCACGUUAG